CCCCGCCCGCCCCCGGCCCCGGCCCCGGCCAGCCCAGCCCCUUCCCCGCGGGGGCCACGCUGCAGCUCGGAGCCCUGGGAGAAGCCCCCGAAGAUGCCCCAGGAGCCUCGGGAGUAUCCCCAGAAACCCCAGAAGAAGCUCCAGGAACCGGUGGGACAUCCCCAGAAGCGCCGGGAGCCCCGGGAUCACCCCCUGGAGCACCGGGAGCCCCGGAAACGUCCACGGGAUCCCCCCCAGGAGCAGCCCCGGGAUCACCCCCGGGACCCCGGCCGGGAGCAGCGGGCAUCGCGGCCGGGCCGGAGCCGCCUGCCGGGCCGGGACCAUCGCCGGUAUUACCACGAGCGCUGGCGCUCCGAGUACCUGAUGGAGUUUAACGCGGCCCGGCACGGCAUGCGCUGCCUGGUGUGCGGCAGCGCCCUGGCCACGCUCAAACUCAGCACCAUCAAGCGCCACAUCCGCCAGAAACAUCCCUACUCCGGGGCCUGGGGACCCCGGGAGAAGCAGCUGGUGCUGCGCUCCUGGGACGCGCAGCUGGGACAGCGGCCCCGGCCCGAGGGACCCCCCGGCAGCGCCUGCGGGACAGGGCCCCGUCCCCCGUCCCCAAAGGCCACCAAGGUGUCCCCGGGGGGCUCUGUUGGGGACUCCCUGCGGGGGUGGCUCCGGGCCGAGCUGCUGCUGGACCUGGAGGCCGGGGGCCACCGCCUGCGCUGCCUCCUGUGCCACUGUCCCCUGCCCUCGCUGCACCUCGGGGACAUCCGGAGACACGCGCUGGCCGCGCACCCCGACAGCCUGAGGGGACAGCGGGGACACGGCGGGGACAGCGCCGCCCUGCCAGCCCCCAGACCCGCCGAGGAGGACGAAGAGGAGGAAGAAGCUGCAGGGGGAGUGGGGGUCACAGGGGCCCCCCCAGCCUGAGGACAUCGAGGGGGUGACAGCCACACCCCCCGUGUCACCCCCCAGUGUCACUGUCACCCCCUCACUGUCCCAUUAUUUAUGUGUUUGUGUCCCCCCUUUUUUACCCUCCCUUGUACACAACCCCCCAAUAAACCCCCCCGAGAC